AUGACUCACUGGAUUCUCAGAUCAGUACUCAGUAAAAGAGCCUUUGCAGUAUCUGCCAGGCAAUACUCAGACUUUUCGCAUGUGGUCAUCGGCGGUGGUGCGGUAGGCACGGCAAUUGCAAGCGAGUUACAACAAACAGACUCGAACAAUGUUGCAUUGAUAGAACAACAUGAAAUGCUCGGAAUGGAGACAACGAGCAGAAACUCGGAGGUUAUACACGCGGGGCUCUACUAUCCUGCUGACUCGUUGAAAGCCAAAUUGUGUAUUAGAGGAAAGGACUUGAUAUACUCUCGGUUGGAUCCUUUGGUUGUGCCCUACCAAAAGUGUGGUAAAUGGGUGGUUGCUCAAACAGAGGAAGAGUCGCAAUACUUGGAGAAGCUCAUGGAUACUGCGAAAGCUUUGGAUGUGCCAGUAAAUUAUAUUUCGAAAGAUGCGGCAAACAAAGUCCAUCCACUUAUUAGAGCUGAACAUGGUGCUGUAGAGUCUCCCACCACUGGAAUUAUAUCUGCUCACGAAUUGGUCCUUUAUUACAAUGCCGGGUUCGAGAAUGCUGGCGGAACUCUUGCACUCCAUACAAAAGUGACUGAUAUUGAGUACGAGCAACCUCUAAAUCGAUAUGUGGUCCAUUGCAAAGAAGGCACCACCGGCGAAGAGUUCACCUUCACAACAGACAAUCUCAUCAAUUCGGCAGGAUUGCAUGCGCCCAGAAUUUCUAACAUGCUUUUGCCGGAGGAAAGAAGGGUUAAUAGUUAUUUCGCCAAGGGAAGUUACUUCUCAUUUGCCCCUGAAACUCCGAUUCCGACAAGAAAAAUCACUUCCAAGCUCAUUUAUCCUUGUCCUAAGGCCAAUGCGUCGGGAUUAGGCACACAUCUUACCUUCGACCUUGGCGGCCAGAUUAGAUUCGGUCCAGACCUUGAAUGGCUCACAGAAACAGAGGCCGAAGCUCUUAACUACGAUGUCAGUAGUAAGAGCUUGGAGCCCGCUCUUGAAGCAAUCAGAAGCUAUUUUCCCCAGGUCGAAUUGGGGGAUCUCCAGCCAUCAUACUCAGGAAUAAGACCAAAGCUUGUAUCCCAGGAGGAUAACAAGAAAAAGUUUCUGGACUUCUACAUUCGCAAGGAAGAUGGAUUUCCAGGAUUUGUGAAUCUCCUCGCAAUUGAAAGUCCAGGUUUGACCGCUUCCUAUGCAAUCGCUGAAUACGUCAAAGAUCUUUACUAUUCAUAG